AUGACCAAUGCCCACGGCUCUUUAUCCUGUAAUGCUGUGACAUACUCGUCAGGAGUUUCUUGGGUAGGUGGUUCUCAGGAGCAGCCGGGGUGGUUAGAUGAUGAUUUGGCCGUGGAUGCUGCUGCAAAGGCUCUCAAAGCUUUCAUCAAAGCUCCAUGGUGGGAACGGAUAUGGACAGUCCAAGCACCCAUUCUCCCUCAUCAAGCAACAGUCUUCUGGGGUCCCUGCGAAAUCUCAUGGGACUCGAUGCGCAAGGCAGCGGAUGGCUUCUUUGAAAACAGUGCACCCGGAAUCCCCCGGGCAUUUGGGGACAACGGGAGCGUUGUCGACCUUCAGUGUGUGAUGAGAGGGCUCCAUAUCACCCGUAGAGAGCCGCUAUUCCAGAUUCUUUGGCGUUGGAGAAACCGUCAUGCCACAGACCCACGAGAUAAGGUAUAUGGUGUUUUGGGAUUCCGAGAUGAUGUCUCCCUUCCCACAAUCGCAAAAUGUAAUUGUUCUUUCGACGCACGAGAAGUGUAUGAGCAGACCACCAUCGGUCUUAUUGACGCGAGCGGCGAUUUGCUGCCUCUGAUCGGUAGAGGGGGCGAAGGGUCAGAUAUCCCCGGUAUUGCCUCGUGGGCUGUGGAUUGGAAUGGCGUCUAA